CAGCACUCCCGAAGCAUGCGAGGGGUCCCAGGCUCCAUCCAGGAGGCGGCAGGGACGUUAGCCGGGGGGUCUCGGCAGCACGGCUCACCCGCGGGCUGGGGGGAGCGGAGAGCAGCAGAAGAGCCCCUAAAGCACGACCCAACGCCGUCCACCGUGUAUGAGGCUGGGACGCAGUACGCAGGACCCGCGUCCACAGAGACACCCCUUCCGAUGUCCCGGCAUGAGACUUCUCCGACAACGGUGCAACCCACUAGCAACCACCGCCCCAACGCCUGCUGCUUCUGCUGGUGCUGCUGCUGCAGUUGCUCAUGGAACGAGGACCGGGAGCGAGCAUGGAGGGCGUCCCGGGAGACCAAACUGGAGACCAUCCCAAACUGUGAAGCAUGUGCCAAACCCACGCCGGAGGAGGUGCGGGGCUGGGCCCAGUCCUUUGACAAGCUGAUGAAGAGCCCGGCGGGUCGCAACGUCUUCCGGGAGUUCUUGCGGACUGAAUACAGCGAGGAGAACAUGCUCUUCUGGCUAGCAUGCGAGGAGCUCAAAAACGAGUGCAACACCCACACCAUUGACGAGAAGGCCAGGAUGAUCUACGAGGACUACAUCUCCAUCCUCUCGCCCAAGGAGGUGAGCCUGGACUCGCGGGUGCGGGAGGUCAUCAACCGGAAGAUGCAGGAGCCGUCCUCGCACACCUUCGACGACGCGCAGCUCCAGAUCUACACGCUCAUGCACAGAGACUCCUACCCUCGCUUCCUGAACUCUGCCAUAUACAAAUCGCUGCUCCAGAGCGUCUCCCGCUCCUCCUCGGAGUCCUAAGGGUGCCCGCCGGCCGCGGGGAUGCUGGUAGGGAUGCGGUGGCCGGGGGCGGCUCAGUGCCUCUUCUCCUUGGUCGCCCUCCCUGCCAGGCCCCAGGUUUUUAGCUUUUUACCUAUGAACCAUCACCACAAGUCCUGGACCACCCUCCAGGACUGUCCCUGGGGCUGGUGCCGCUGCGGCAGCGCGGCUUGGGCCGGCUCAUACUACUGAACCCCUGCCCCAUCCCUGCCGCCGGCCGAGGAGCUGCGGAAGCUCGUGGGAGCGCCCAGUUCCCAGCUCCCCGUCCCUGGUUCCACCUGCCCCCCUGUUUUGAAGAGGUCACUUUAUCCCCUCUCCACCACACCUGGGGACAACAGCACGUCCCCGUUUCCCACCUGAGACCCAGUUGGGCACUGGGUUGGGGUUUUUUGGGGGGAGAGGUCAGAUGUUGUUGGUUGUUUUUUUUUUUUUAACUUUUUAUUUGAAAUGCUUUUUUUGUUGGCUUUUACUGGGGACUCGAGGGGCGGGAGGGGGGUUUGACAAGCGUCUCUGUAUAUAAAAAAACUUGUCAGGUUUACAUCGCUCUGCCUGUUUGAAGCAGCCCACGGGGUGGGAAAGGCAGCGCUCCAGCUCCAUUUGUGUUCCUGGAGGUUCCAGGGCUGGAUGGAGCAGUGGGCAGCAGCAGCCCCAGGGCUCUUGGUCCCUCCGUCUCCAAAGCUGGAUCUCCAGAGGGGUCAGAAGGGACUGUGGGGUCUGGGGGGUGGGCAGGGUGCUUCCUCCACCACUCCCCAUCGCAGGUGGAAGCACUGGUCCAGCUCCGGGACAUCACACACUUGGUACCGCAAACCCAGAGCAUCCUGCAUCCUCAGUUCAUGGAGCUGGCCGAAGGGGGAAACACACGUGCAGGUCAUGCAGUGCAGGAAAGACACUGGGGAGCUGGAGCGUGUCCAGGGGGCAAUGAAGCUGGUGAAGGAUCUGCACAAGUCUUAUGAGGAGCAGCUGGAGGCCUGGGGCUGUUUAGUCUGGAGGAGGAUGACGGGAGACCUCAUCGCUCUCUGCACCUCCCAGAAAGGACGUUUUAGUGAGGCAGGUGUUGGUCUCUUUUCCCAAGUAACAAGUGAUAGGAUGACAGGAAAUGGCCUCAAGUUGCACCAGGGAAGGAUUAAGUUGGAUAUUAGGAAAAAUUUCGCUACUGAAGGAGCGGUGAAGCCCUGGCAGAGGCUGCCCAGGGCAGUGGUGGAGUCUCCGUCCCUGGAGGGGUUAAAAUACCAUAUAGACAUGGCACUUUGUGACAUCCUUUAGGAGGCACAGAGGGCUUGGGCUGAUGGCUGAACUGGAUGAGUUUAGAGGUCUUUUCCAACCUCAAUGGUUCUAUUUGUCCUCCUUCAGACACCCACAGGCAUGGGACCCUGAGAGCAAAGGCUGUCACAAACGGGGAGAAGGCCAGGGCUCUGCCCUCAGGCCCAGCUCAGCACUGAGCAGCAGGCAAGGCUCCAUGUCGGAUGGGAAAUGGCCCAGAACAUAUACAAUAUCUGAACUUUCGUACAGCAGGAGGAAUGGGUUCCUGGAGCCCUGGCACCCCAAAUUAAAACAUUUCUGCCAGCAGCCCCUGCCUUCUGUGCCAAAACGAAGCCAAUGCCGGGGUCCUGCUGCAGAAAACCAACACUGCUCUUUGCUUCUCUUUACCCAGAACAGCCUGUGGUUUCCUAUUUAUCUCCCCCUUUCCCUCCUUCUCUUUCCAUCUCUUUCCAAGGAAAAAGGAGUGCUGGUUCUUUUUAUUGAAGAUAUUUUUUAAACAAACAAAAACAAUUCUCUUAGCUUUUUUUGUUUGUUUUCUUCCUCGUGGCACAACCAUGUGGAAAUUCAUGUCAGGAGCUUGAGUUUUGGUUGCCAAGCUGGAAAUACAGUUCAAGAAAAUGUAUUUUUGAGAGAAACCAGAGGUAGUUUGUUUGCUCUGGAAUGUUGGUAUUAUUAUUUGGUUGUUCCUGGCAGGUUUUCCCCUAUAAGCACUGAGUCUGUGCCACUGCAGCCCCGCAGCGUCCACACCCAGUACUGGGGAGUUUUGAGCUCUGGGUGCUCCAUUUGUUCUGGGAGUAUAGGAGAGCUUGGCAAAAUGGGGCCUCAGUUUGGAGGUUGAGUUUAGAAUCAUGGAAUGAUCUAGGUCGGAAGGGACCUCAAAGCCCAUCCAGUUCCAACCCCCUGCUACGGUCAGGAACACCUCCCACUGGAUCACAGUGCUCAAAGCCCAAUCCAACCUGGCCUUGAACACUUCCAGGGAUGAGGCUUCCACGACUUCUCUGAAGCCGCUGAAGAGCACAGCAGGGGAGUGGAGCAUCCUCCCAUGCUAUGGAUUUCUCAGCCUAUCUAGUCUGUCUUUUGUACCAUGGCUGAGCCAAGCCAGGUUGCUGGUGGCCUUCUUGGCCACCUGGGCCACUGGUGGCUCAUGUUCAGCCACUGCUGACCAACACCCCCAGGUCCUUUUCUGCCAGACAGCUUUCCAGCCACUCUUCCCCAAACCUGGAGCACUGCACAGAGUUGUUGUGACCCAAGUGCAAGAUGCGUCACUUGGCCCUGUUAAACCUCAUACAGCCAGGCGAGGGCGACCUGUACUGCCCACCCAGCCUCCUCGGAAGUUGGUGCAGCAUUUUCUUUCCCCGAGUUGACUAGGAACAAGCCUCGAUGCACUCAAGGUGUACCUACAGAAAGCUUCUUGCUUUCUGGUGGUCCAGGCAGUGUUCAGUCCCCAUCACCGGGACAAUGACCCUCUGUCCCACUCCCCAGCAGUUCCAUGCCACAAAAGCAGAAGCACUGCACACACAUGGCUCAAAUAAAAGUCAGAAACUGACAAAAAUGUUUAAUAUUAGUUUUGAAGAAAAAGUUACCAUACUUGAAGAUGAGAAAAUAACAACGAAGUAUGUGCGGUGAGCUCUCCUGCCAACCUGUCAGCCCACAACCGUGGCUCUCCACCCAAUUCCCAAGCGGAGAGGCAGACCUCCCCACCGCUGCUCUCUUCAGCGCGUGAUGAUGCGAACUGACGUGGGACACAAUACACAAUUGCCGUGGGAGCUGGCAGAUGGCGGCUGCACUCUGAUCUGUGUUGGGAUGCUGCUCUCGAGCCAUGGCACGUAUCAGC